UGCGAAGUCGAAGUGCUGCAAAAAAAAUCUGGCUUGUGAAUUUAUUUUAUGAAGGAAACCCAUAGCUAUGAGAUGAAAUAAAUUCUCACCUAUGAAUGUAUCUUGCGCGGAGUUUGCUAGCUAUAUUCUAGAAUAGUUUGUUUGUAAACUGUUUGACAACGGUGACUGAAUCUCCAGCUAGCUAACGUUACUUCCAUAAGCUAGCUAGCAAGUUGCUAGCGUUAGCUCUCUAACAUCGCUAGCUGGCUAAUGUUAGCUUUAGCAAGCAAGUUCUAGUGAACGUGUGUUGAGUCACUUGGCAGCAACGAUGUUUAUUUAUCUCAGUAAGAAGAUUGCCAUCCCCAACAACAUACGGCUGAAGUGUGUGUCAUGGAACAAAGACCAAGGCUUUAUAGCCUGUGGAGGGGAUGAGGGUCUUCUCAAAGUCCUGAAGCUGGAGACACAGACAGACGAUGCCAAACUCAAAGGACUUGCAGCACCCAGCAAUUUGUCAAUGAAUCAGACACUUGAAGGCCACAGUGGUGCAGUCCAGGUUGUGACGUGGAAUGAGCAGUACCAGAAGCUUACCACGAGUGACCAGAAUGGUCUCAUUAUUGUGUGGAUGCUCUACAAAGGCUGCUGGUACGAGGAGAUGAUUAACAACAGGAACAAGUCCGUGGUGAGGAGCAUGAGUUGGAAUGCAGAUGGCCAGAAGAUUUGUAUUGUUUACGAGGACGGGGCAGUCAUUGUUGGAUCUGUAGAUGGUAACCGAAUCUGGGGGAAAGAGCUCAAGGGAAUUCAGCUCGCUCACGUGGCCUGGUCGCCAGAUAGCAAGAUCCUCCUUUUUGGGAUGGCCAAUGGGGAAAUCCACAUCUACGACAAUCAGGGAAACUUCAUUAUGAAGAUGACUGUCAGCUGUCUGCAUAACGUGACUGGAGCCAUCAGUAUCGCAGGGAUCCACUGGUACGCAGGGUCAGAGGGCUACGUUGAGCCAGACUGCCCCUGCCUGGCCAUCUGCUUCGAUAACGGACGGUGUCAGGUCAUGCGAUACGAGAGUGAUGAAAGCCCAGUGUUCAUAGACACAUUGAUGAACGUGGCCAGUAUCCAGUGGAACCAGUGUGGCAGCGUGCUGGCUGUGGCAGGCUCCCUGAGGGGCAUGGAGAAGGAGGUCAACGUGGUGCAGUUCUACACCCCAUUCGGAGAGCAUUUGCGAACUUUGAAGGUACCUGGCAAGCAGAUGACAGAGGUUGCUUGGGAAGGGGGAGGACUGAGGAUUGGACUGGCUGUGGACUCCUACAUUUACUUUGCCAACAUAAGGCCUGAUUACAAGUGGGGCUACUGCUCCAACACAGUGGUGUAUGCCUACACCAAGCCUGACCGGCUGGAGUACUGUGUGGUGUUCUGGGACACCAAGAACAACGAGAAGUUUGUCAAGUACGUCAAGAGCCUCAUGUCCAUCACCACGUCCGGAGACUUCUGCAUCCUGGCCACCAAGGCAGAUGACACACACCCACAGUAUGUGCUGGUUCUCUGUAACUCCAUUGGGACCCCGCUGGAUUCAAAAUACAUUGACAUUGAUCCUCUGUUCGUGACCAUGACUAAGACCCAUGUGAUCGCUGCGUCCAAGGAGGCUUUCUACACCUGGCAGUACCGCGUGGCCAAGAAGCUAACUGCCAUGGAGAUCAACCAGGUGUCCAGACCCAGGAAGGAGGGUAGGGAGAGGGUUUAUCAUAUUGAUGAUAGUCCAUCUGGGACCACUGAGGGCCCCCUGGACUUUGCCAAGGCCUUCACUGCAACACGAGACCCCAUUUGUUGCACCACAGCAACAGACAAGACACUGAUUGUGGGCCGUGAGUCUGGUACCAUCCACAAAUACAGCCUCCCUAACGUCGCUCUGGUGCAGAAAUACUCCUUAAACUACCGGGCCUACCAGCUCUCACUCAACUGUACCUCCAGCCGCCUGGCGAUUAUUGACAUUUCGGGAGUGCUGACGUUUUUGGACCUGGAGGUGCGUUCGUCUUCGGAUGAUGACUCUGGAAGCCAGGCGGGGACAGGCGACCCCUCCAAGUUUGAGCGUAAGGACGUCUGGGACAUGCAGUGGGCCAAUGACAACCCUGAUCUGUUUGCCAUGAUGGAAAAGACCAGGAUGUACGUGUUCAGGAACCUGGACCCAGAGGAACCCAUUCAAACGUCUGGAUACAUUUGCAACUUUGAAGACCUGGAAAUCAAAUCGGUCCUGCUAGAUGAAAUCAUGAAGGAUCCGGAGAGGCCGAACAAGGAUUACCUCAUCAACUUUGAGAUCCGCUCCCUCCGCGACAGCCGCGCGCUGAUCGAGAAAGUGGGCAUCGAGGACGCCUCCCAGUUCAUCGAAGACAACCCUCACCCCAGACUCUGGCGCCUGUUGGCCGAGGCGGCCCUCCAGAAGCUGGACCUGAAGACGGCUGAGCAGGCUUUUGUCCGCUGUAAGGACUACCAGGGCAUCGAGUUCGUCAAGAGCCUGGGCAACCUGCAGAGCGAAGCCAUGAAACAGGCCGAGGUGGCGGCCUACUUCGGCAGGUUCGAGGAGGCCGAGAGAAUGUACCUGGACAUGGAUCGCAGAGACCUGGCUAUCAGCCUGAGGAUUAAGCUGGGGGACUGGUUCCGUGUCCUGCAGCUCCUGAAGACGGGAUCAGGUGACUGUGAUGAUGCACUGCUGGAGCAGGCGUACAAUGCCAUCGGGGACUACUUUGCAGACCGACAGAAGUGGGUGAAUGCGGUCCAAUACUACCUUCAGGGGCGCAACCAGGAGAGGCUGGCAGAGUGUUACUACAUGCUGGAGGAUUACGAUGGACUGGAACGACUGGCUAGUUCUCUACCGGAGAACCACAAACUGCUACCGGACAUCGGCCAGAUGUUUGUCACCGUAGGCAUGUGUGAGCAGACGGUGAACGCCUACCUGAAGUGCAACCAGCCCAAAGCUGCUGUCGACGCCUGCGUUCAUCUAAACCAGUGGAACAAAGCUGUGGAGCUGGCCAAAAACCACAACAUGAAAGAGAUCAACUCUCUUCUGGCCAAGUAUGCCUCUCACCUGCUGGAGAAGAACAAGCCUUUGGAGGCCGUGGAGUUGUACCGUAAAGCCCACCAUUUCCUAGAAGCAGCUAAACUCAUGUUCAAGAUAGCGGAUGAGGAGGCUAAGAGGAGGACCCGGCCAUUGAGGGUGAAGAAGCUUUAUGUGCUGGCAGCCCUGCUAGUGGAGAACUACCACAGCCAAGUGAAGACCUCCCAGCAGAACAAGGCCAAGGGGAAGACGUCAGAGGCUACAUCUGCUCUAGCUGGCCUGCUGGAGGAGGACGCCACCUCGUCAGACAACCGCAUGGUGGACAGCGCCUGGCGUGGGGCCGAGGCCUACCACUUCUUCCUGCUGGCUCAGAGGCAGCUGUACGAAGGCUACAUGGUGAAAGCCAUGAAGACAGCUCUCCACCUACGGGACUAUGAGGACAUCAUCCCAGUGGUUGAGAUCUACUCCCUGCUGGCCAUCUGCUCGUCAGCCAACCGGGCUUUCAGUACGUGUUCCAGAGCCUUCAUCAAGCUGGAGUCCCUGGAGAGCCUGAGCCCUGAGCAGAGACAGCUCUACGAAGACCUGGCCCUGGAGAUCUUCACCAAACACAGCCCCAAGAACAACCACAUGUCUGGACAGGACAACGCUCCUGAGGGGGCUGAGGGGAAGCUGCCCACCUGCAUUGUGACCGGCUGGACCAUCUCAGAGUACCAGUUCUGGAUGUGCAGCGUGUGUAAGCACUGUGCACUGGAAAACGAGAUUGGCAGCCACAACUUCUGCCCUCUGUGCCACAGCUCGCUGGCAUAAAGUCCAAGAUCUUUAAGUCAAUCAGUACUGCAAACUUUUGAGUUUCCAAGGAUAAGCCCCAAGAACAGGGCAGCUACGGCACAUACAUUGGCUCACACUACACUCAGGCUAACUAAAUACAAUGCCUUCAGAAAGAAUUCAUAUCCCUUGAUUUAUUCCACAUUUUGUUGUUACAGCCUGAAGUCAACAUGGGUUAAAAAACAUUUUUCUCACCCAUCUACACACAUCUACACACAUAAUGACAAAGUGAAAACAGUUUUUUAGAGAUUUUUGCUAAUUUAU